AUGGACGAGUUGCCGAUAUACCCAACUCCCCAACAGGCCGUCUACGGGGCCAGCCUGCUGUCGCAGCUGCAGCCGUCGCGCAAGAAACCCCUGCUGUCGCUGCUGAAGCCCUACGCUCCCUACCAGCCGUCGCCGCAAGCGUUAGCUCAGAACGGGUACCCUCAAUACCAACAGCAACUGGGGUACAACCAGCUGCCACCCCACCACAAGCUGUCCCUGACUCAGAACUACAGCCAGCCGCCGCCGUCGUCGUCGUACGCUCCUCCCCCGGCGCAGGCACUGGCGCAACCGGCAUAUUCGCCAUCGUACCAGCCGCUGUCGUCUCGCUACCAGCAGCCGCCGCCUCCUCAGCAACAACAAAGACACCAUUCACAGCCUCAUGACCAUCAUUCUCAAGCGCCCCCGCCUCAACAGCACUAUAACCACCAGGCACCCCCGCCUCAGCAACUGCACCAUCACCAGCCGCCACCGCCACGGGAGCAGCCCCGCCACGCUCUGGCACUGCUGGCACCGCCCGCUAACCCUCCUCAGUACUCGGGAGGCUACAAUCAACCCCCUAUCCAACAACCGCCGGUGCAACAGCUGCCGCUGUAUCUGCAGUCUCAACCGUACCAGCCCCCGCAAUACCAGCAGCCGGCGCCUGCUCCGAUGCUGAAAUCGCACUCGCUGCCGUCACACGGUGGUUAUGAAGCGCCCCCAGCUCCAGUUAAGCCUCACCUGACACUGGAUCUGACGCUGCUGAAACAGCUGCAAAAGCAGAAACUCGACCAAGAAUUGAGGGCGGUAUUCGACAAAGUCGACACUGACCGCCUGGGCACUAUCACUGCUCGUGAAUUGAGUCUGGCACUCCUCAAUUUUGACCGGCUGCCGUUUAACCCCACCACCAUUCGCCUCAUGAUUAAGUUGUUUAGCACUCUGCCUGGUGGCGGCAGUGGUGACGGCCAGCUGCUCAAUUUUGACCAGUUUGUGCUGUUGUGGAAGUAUUUACUGGCAUACAAGAAACUCUUUAUUCAGGCGGACCAGAACCGGCUGGGGGACAUUUCCUUUGGCGAAUUCCAAAAAGUACUUGAACAGAUCGGCUACAAACUCAACACCGACUUGGUGCUCCACUUAUUCACCCGGUUUGCUGCUAAGAACACGCUGGACCCGUACCUGGUUGGGGUGGGUAAGCUCAAAUUCGACGGGUUCAUCGAAUUGUUGGUGUACUUGCGCAAGUUGACCGACGUGUUCAAGAAGUACGACAAGGAGUUCAAGGGUGUGGCGACGAUUGACUUUAGCGACUUCCUUUUCGAAGUCAGCAACCUUAAUUAG